UUCCGCUGUCGUACGGUUACUGCGGCGGAUGUUGAUGUUUUGUUUCACAGCUCGCCGAAUGAUGUGAACUGUAUCGUCUCCGGGACGGGUUGAUAUAUUUUGUUUGUGAUUGUCCUCGCGGUUUUCUACUGUUCUCCCUGUAAGCUUUGUCUGUUCGUCGGCAUCGUGUCUCUCCCGGUGUCUCUCCCGGGAAGCGCGAGGCCGAGUCGUGCGAUGAUGGAGGACUUUGAUGAGAUCUACGAAGAGGAGGAGGAGGAAGAGGAGGACGAGGACAGGGCCGCGGAGGAGCAGCUCCUCAAGUACGCUCCGGACCCGGUGGUGGUGCGAGGGUCCGGCCACGUCACUGUGUUUGGGCUUAGUAACAAAUUCGAGUCAGAAUUUCCUUCUGCACUUACGGGAAAGGUAGCACCAGAGGAAUUCAAAGCCAGUAUCAACCGUGUGAACAGCUGCCUGAGGAAGACGCUGCCAGUGAAUGUGCGGUGGCUGCUGUGUGGCUGUCUCUGCUGCUGUUGCACACUGGGCUUCAGUUUGUGGCCUGUUAUCUGCCUCAGCAAGAGGACAAGAAGAUCUAUAGAGAAACUUCUGGAGUGGGAGAACAGCAGACUUUACCACAAGUUGUGUUUGCAUUGGAGACUAAGCAAAAGGAAGUGUGAAACCAACAACAUGAUGGAAUAUGUAAUCCUAAUAGAGUUCUUACCUAAGAUCCCCAUCUUCAGACCGGACUAGCCCGACUGCAGGGUAACAUUGAUCCACCACCAUUCUCCCGCACAUACCUUGUCUUACACCCUUGUUUACAAAUCCAGCAUCCCAAAACUUGUUUUUGGAGUGAAUUCACUAUUGAACCACGGUCUAUCGGGCGAGCUGGCACACUGUCAGGCCAUGAUAACCGGCACCAGCCUGUGGGAUGUCAGGGGAGAACCAGCCAUGGGCAGCGUUAUGGAUUGAAACUUGGAGCUGGAGACUAGACUCUUAAAUUGAGUUCUGUAAGCUACAACUGGAACUGUGUCACUUGUAUGUUCCCUAACCUAAGCACAUGGCACGGUCAGACCAUGAUAGAGCAAACACUUUUACAUGUUCCUUAACUGUCUCGCCACCAACUUCACCUGCAAAAAAUACACCCUAGUGCUUUUGUACCAGAUGGAUUGGAGCUCUGGAUAAUUACUAGAAGCUGUAGAGGCAACAUCACGUGGAACUCCAGAGGAGCCUUCAUCCAAAUCAGCUCUGCAGCAGACAGACUUACAGGAACAUGUUGAGCCAGUGGCCAGAACAGCGGAACUCCGUAAUGUCACUCUACUUAUCAGCUACCAGACAUUCUUAUCCUCUCGCCUCCUUUCAUAUCUCUGCACACUUCACAGUGCAUCACAUAACCCAGUGACAAUCACACUCACUCUUGACUGUCCUCCAUGUAGUAUGAUUGGGUCUUUAUGCUACACAGUUGAUCUGGAACAAUUUGUUUUCAGCAUUAUGUGCACCCAGGUGAUGGGCUGCCUACCAACUACUCGCAGUGGAACAAGUAAGAAGGUCACCUUUUUCUUUUCUUUUUCUUUUUUUUUUUAACUGUUUUGGUAAAGGAGAGGCAGUCAAUGCUCACAAAACUGUUUGGUGUGUGACAAAGAAACAUAAGCAAAAAAGAGACAAAUCAGAUAUUAAGGGAUUCUCUUACUCUGUAAAGCAGGGUUCUUCAUUCACGUUUUUUUUUUUUGUUGUUGUUGCCAUAACCGUUCUUUGUUAUUUUUACUGUAGUAAUUUAUAAAUGCCUGAUUGCGCAUAUAAUAUGUGCAUUUGUGAAAUAGGCCUCGUGUACAUUUUUUUUUCUUACAAAGGUUCUUUCCUUUUUGUCUUUAUGGUCAUGUGUCAACACUGAAGCACACAAUCGCUUUGUCCUUAACAACUUCACAUGGCCUCUCUUCCUUAUCUGCUGACCCUGGCUUACUUAUACAAGGGCUCAAGUUAAAAUGUGGUUCUUGAGCAAGUUCCUCUGUUUUAGUUAUAAUCUGACUCAUUACAUCCAGAAGUCUUGGGUGA